AUGGAGGUGGAAGAUGAGAUUGGCGUACCAGAUCUGCAGACAAGGAUGUCAUCGUUGUCUGUUGCUUCAUCAAUUGCUUCCAGUGGCAAGGGUGAUGUGGUGGGUCUUGAUCGUGACAUGAAGGAGAUCAAGGAACGACUAACUAGAUCUUCGUCAAAGCGUGAAAUUGUUUCUAUAGUCGGGAUGGGCGGAAUUGGCAAGACCACUCUCGCUAAAAAUGUUUAUGGUGAUGAAUAUAUUGCGGAUUACUUUGACAUUAGGGCUUGGGUGACAGUCUCUCAAGAUUAUGAAGUUCAAGAAAUCCUUCAAGGGCUUCUAGAUUCCAUGAAAAAAUGCGCUAAGGCGAUGAAGCGUGAUGAAGAUAGCAAUGUAGAGAGCAGUACCAGUACACAAUUAAAAGAUGUUUUGUAUAAAUUCAUAAAGGGUCGGAGUUUUCCUUGGACCUUGCGGUGGUUUAGAGAUGGAAUGGAGAUGGAAUCUACGGGUCGAAGGGUUCUUGAUCAAAGGGUUAGGGUUUAUGGAAUUGAGCUCCCAGUUGAUGUUCAUACAAAAGAUGGCUCUGUUGUUAUUGGAAUUUUUUAUACCGCUUGUGUCAACAAUGAUUAUGGUACUCUUGAAAUUUUCCAAGAUCCCUUCUGCAUUUUGUUUAUUACCUAUCUUCCUUUAUGGGAUUCGGUUAUAUUGGGAAUUGAUGGUGCUCUUGCCUGUUUUGUGAUGAUUUAUAGUCCAAUUUUGCCAUCUGUUCUUUGA